AUGUCGACCGCCGACGAGCCCUCCUACAUAGACUACGAGGCAUUCCUCGACCCCGACUUCUCCGCGACCGCGUUCGCAAACACGCUCGUGCUCGCCACAAACAACCCCUCGGACACGCCGCUCGACCUGUCCACGCCGCUGUCCCGCGUGCUCUUCGACGUCCAGGAAGUCGACACCCACAUCGACACGCUCACGACCAAGUCGGCGCUGCCGCUGCUCGAGCACACGCGCGACCAUGCAGAGGCGAGCGGGCGCAUCCUGGCGGCGGUCGAGGGCCAGGUUGCGAGUCUGACGGAGAGCUACAAGACGCUGGAGAAGGAAGUGGUCGAGCGGUACGAGGUCGCUGAGCAGGUGCGGCUGACGGCGGAGCGGCUCGUGGAGACGGUGCGGUUGGGGCGCGCGGUGGCGCGGUGUCUGAUGCUGGGGCGCCAGCUGGAGGUGCGCAUGGCGGAGGUCGGGGGCGUGGGCGGCGCGAAGAAGGAGGAUCACAGGGCGAUGGUGAGGAGUGCGGAUUCGAUUCUGGCGCUGCGCCAGAUCUUCACGAAUACCAAGCCGGGGCAGGAGGGCGAGGGGCUGGACAGGGUCAAUGUGGUGAAUACGCUGAAGAACGAGCUGGUGGUGCCCGGGGAGCGGAGUAUUGCGUCGAGGGCACAGCAGGUAGUCAAGGAGUUUAGCAUGUCGAGUUUGCUGGCUGCGGGACAGACGUCGGCGAGCACGUUUGCACAGACGGAAGACACGAAGAGCAGGACGACGUCGGCACUACAGACGCUGUACCUGCUGUCUCCAACCAACGCAAAGACGAUCGAGGGCUUCGAGCCAACGCUCAUGCUCAGCGUGCUCCAGGAAUAUCUCCAGACGAGCCUCAAGAGCUCGGUGGCUUCGCUCGCUCGAGCGCUCGCGCAACUACCCCUCCUAGACCGCGCGCUCCUCGAGAUCUCCGCACGCUGCCAGAACAUCGUGGCGCUGCAGUCCCUCCUGCAGUCGACCAAACCCCCCGCGCACCCCAUCUUCCUCCAGCCGCUGCUGCACGCGCUCGACACGAGCUCGCUGCCGAGCUACUUCUGGCGCAGCCUGGCGUCGAGCAUGUCGCCGCGCAUGCAGGAGAUUAUGUACAAGGGCGGGGUGUCGGCGCGGACGCUGCGCAGCAACAAGGAGCGGGUGCGCGAUGCGGUGCGCGAGUGCGUGGACCGGGGCAGCCGGGUCCCCGGCGAGAAGGCCGGGCGCAAGGGCGAGGGGUGGGAGCGCGAGGCGGCGGUGAUGGUGGGCAGCGUGGUCGGCGGCAUAAAAUAA